GUUGCCAAGAGUCCAAACCCCCACUGUCCUUUCUUGUCACUAACCAAGAUUCCUCUCUCUGAUUUUUUUUUUAAAUUAAAAGUUUUUUUUUUCUUGUGGGUGCAAUUUCACUCCCCUCUUACAGUUUUGGGGUUUCUAAAUCUCUAAUCUGUUCUGGUUUGGGUUUCUUGAUAUUACCCCUUGGAAUAAGAUUCAGAGAUAUAAGCUUCAAAGGCUUGGUUCUGGUGAUUGAAUAAAGGAGACAUAAUGCUGAUUCAUGCCUACAAUGACAAUACACAAUGCAGAACAAAUUGUACGAGUGAGAAGAUGGAAAAAGAUGAAGAAGGUUUGAGAACAGUGGAGUGUCUAAGAGGCAGAUUACUAGCAGAGAGACAUGAUUCAAGGACUGCUAAAGAAGAAGCAGAGCUCAUGACCAUAAAGAUAGCAGAGUUAGAGGCGAAUCUCAAAGAAGAGAUCAAACUAAGGGAAAGGGCAGAGAGGAGACUCGGAUUCUUGAUGAAAAAGCUCGAAUCUUUAAAUGGGUCUCGCAAUAUCGAGAGAUCGGAUCAAUCGAGUUCAGCUGAACUGUCUGCAGCUUCUUGUGUAUCAUCCGUAGUGUCAUCAAAGGAAAACGAUCAAGAAGCCAAUACCCAGAUCACAAAUCCGGACAAAACUCGUGUUUGCGAUGAUCUGGAAGAGGAUCAAGUCACUGCAAACGGGCAUUCUGCUGUAGAGAAUAGGAGUGCAAAACUCGAAGAUAUCCGUUGUGGUAGUAAAACUAGUGUUGCUUCAAGCACAAGUCAUGAAGAACAUCACCUGAGUAAUUUUCCAGUCCAACAACAAGCUCAAGAGGGAAGAUGACGAUGAUGAUGAUGCAGAUCAAUGGAACAGACAAAGAGAGGACAUGGCGAGCGAUGAGGGAAACGCUCAAUGCCAUUAAGACAUGCGAGAGUAGAUAAUCGUUUAAUUUUUCACUAUUUAAUAUAAACCAUUAUAAUAUCUAUAGAUAAAAAACACAUAAUUUUAUAAUAUCUUAUUUAAUUAAUAUAAAUAUCUAAAAUAUAAAAAUAAAAUUACAUCUAAAUAUUAUGAUAAUAUUCUAAAAUACUACCCACUCUUGAUAUCUUGGAAAAAAAUGCUCAAUGCCAUUAAGAGAUGCGAGAGAAAAGGUUCAAAGAAGAUAUCAGCCAAGACAGAAAGAGAGCAAUGCAUGUGACAAUAUAAAGGAUAGGCAAUGCAUUGGUGUUAUUGAGGAGAGAA